AUGUGGAAUAAAUUCAGACAAAGCACCUUUAUUAGCAGUCCGAAGACACAGAGAAGCGAUGAACUCAAGUCGCGUCACACUUCGGAAUGGACGCCUGUCCACCUUCCUUAUUUUAGAUCUGAGCUUCCUGCACCUUUGCCGACUGAACAGGAUAUCUUAAAAUCUGACACAGUUUUCCGACAUGAUGAUUCUUAUCAUCGUGUAGUUGCAGUUGGUCCGCAUUUUCUCGUUAAGCAUGGGCGCGGGGUUCGUGAACGUGAAGGCCAGGCUCUGCUGUUUUUGGAAAGCCAUCUUAAUGGUGCUGUGUCAAUUCCAAAGCUAUAUGCGAUGUACCGUAUUCCCACCAAUGGCCAUUUAUGCCUUGUUAUGGAGCGAAUACAAGGCGAGUCACUGGAGGCGAUUUGGCAUAUGCUUGGGGAGGAUGCAAAAUCCACUAUCUGCAGCAAGAUUCGGACGUUGUUCGAUACCAUUCGAAGCGUCCCUUCUCCUGGAUACUAUGGAAGCGUUGAUAAGGGGCCUGUCCCUCAUCAUUUGUUUCACAGUCCGGAGUCUGAUGGGACGAUAUGUGGACCAUUUCAUUCGGAGUACGAUUUCAACAAAGGGCUGGUGAAGCGACUACGGUCCAUUUGGGCAGCCAAUGGAAGGCACAGUCACAAGGCAGACUUUUACGAAAGGAAUCUGGACUCUGUUUUUAGUAACCAUAAGCCGGUAUUUUCGCACUCAGACUUACAAAGAAAGAACAUAUUAGUGCGUCGUGUCUCUUUGGAGACAAGCUCAGGGUUACCGACAGAGAGCUUUGAGGUCGCACUUAUCGACUGGGAAGAUGCUGGGUGGUACCCCUGUUACUGGGAGUAUUGUGUGAUCUUUGUCGCAUUCAAUUGGCAAGAUGACUGGCUUAUGCGAGCAGAAGAAAUCUUGCACCCUUGGCCAAGUGAGGCAGCAAUGCUACGGAUGCUCUAUCAAGAUUUAUGGUUCUGA